CCUGACUCUGUGACUCUCUCCCCAGUGGACGUGACUCUGGAUACAGACACGGCAAAUCCCGAACUCAUCCUGUCUGAGGAUUGGAAAUGUGUGAGAUACGGAGACACACGCCAGGAUCUGCCCAACAACCCUGAGAGAUUUGAUCGUUGUGUCUGUGUCCUGGGCACUGAGGGGUUCACGGGCGGGAGGUGUUAUUGGGAGGUGGAGGUGGGAGACAAGACUGUCUGGGACCUGGGGGUUUGUAGGGAAUCUGUGAGCAGGAAGGGGAUAGUCACACUUAUACCUGGGAAUGGAUACUGGGCCAUGGUGCUGAGGGAUGGGGAAUACAAGGCCUGCACCUGCCCCUGGACCUCCCUCCCCGUGACCAUCUGGCCCAGUCGGGUGGGGAUAUUCCUGGACUAUGAGGCAGGCGAGGUCUCAUUUUACAAUGUGACUGACAGGUCCCAUCUCUUCACUUUCACUGGCACCUUCUCCGGGACGCUCCGCCCCUAUUUCAGUCCUGGUCCCAACACUGGGGGUGAAAAUGUGGCUCCCCUGAUAAUCUGCCCGGUCCCAGCUCAGGCCGGAGGGAAUCUCGGUCCCUGCAUAGACUGACACCUCCCAGCACUGCUGCUCUUCCCGCCCCCCCCUGUGGUGGAGGCCGGUUACUGCAGGUAACUGGAUUUUUUGUGCUGACCAGAUGCUGCCAGCUUCCCUUUUCAGCUGGAGUAGAAAACCGGACACCUGGCAACCCCAGUCCAGGCUGGGUGAAUGGGACCCACUUGCUGGAAGGAGCCAGACAGCUUUUCCCCCCUCCCCCUGUGUUUGCUCCACCCCUGGCACAGGGCAAUGCUGGUAAGAAAUACUGCCAGACAGCUAGUGGUUUUUGUUGCCCUCACCUUUCCUCGUCCCCUGCCCAGGGGUAGCAGAUCAGGGCAGGCUCUAGGUUUUUUGCCGCCCCAAGCAAAAAAAUGUUUGGCUGCCCCCAACCCCAGCCCUAGGCUACUCCCCGCACCCUCCUGCCGCCCCAGCCCUGGGCUCCCCCCUUGUCCCCCAACAGUGCCUC